UUUGGAGCGAAAGGAAGAGGAAGAAAGGUGAGUCACGUUUUGCCUCGUGUGAAAAUUGAUUUUUUUUGUGGAAAUUUUCGUGAAAAUCCAAACAGGAAAUGUUUAGAAUCAUCACCCGCAACGCAUUCAUCAUGUACAACAAUUCAUUUUCCAGGAAUAUCGCGUCAAAGCCAGUGAUAUUAGCGAAUUUAUCGAGUCGUUUGUCCACGCUGCACACGGAUUUCAUUGAAGACAAUAUGGCACCACACCAGCGUUCAGAUCGAGGUAGUUUCCGCGAUAGGAGGUCCGAUGGGGGUGAUCGCAGGGGCCGCGGUGGUGGUGGCGGUGGUGACAACAGACGCGAUCGUGAUGGGCACGUUUCGAAGCCUGCUGGGAAAUUCACAAUGUCCGCAUCGAUGAGAGCUCCAAAUUGGGACAUGUCGAGUCUGCGCCCCUUCAAGCGUGACUUCUACGAGCCCCACCCAAUGACAAUUAAGCGCUCCCAGACGGAAGUUGAGCGCUACCGCGAAGAGCAUCAGAUUACCGUUGUUGGUCAAGCUCACAAUCCCAUCCAGAGUUUUGGCGAGGUUCGUUUCCCGGACUACGUGAUGAAUGGCAUUCGUCGUCAGGGCUAUGAGAGCCCCACACCGAUUCAGGCACAGGGAUGGCCUAUUGCUCUCUCCGGAUCAAAUAUGGUGGGAAUUGCACAGACUGGAUCGGGGAAAACUCUCGGAUUCAUCCUGCCUGCCAUUGUGCACAUUAACAAUCAACCUCCACUUGCCCGUGGGGAUGGACCCAUUGCCCUCGUCUUGGCACCCACACGUGAGCUUGCCCAGCAAAUUCAGCAAGUUGCCACGGAAUUUGGAUCUGCAUCGUACGUCCGGAAUACGUGCGUUUUCGGCGGGGCUCCACGCUUUGGUCAGGCACGCGACCUUGAGCGUGGCUGUGAGAUUGUCAUCGCCACACCCGGACGCUUGAUUGAUUUCCUCGAAUCCGGCAAGACGAAUCUCCGUCGGUGCACAUACCUCGUCCUCGAUGAGGCCGACCGGAUGCUCGAUAUGGGUUUUGAGCCACAAAUCCGGCAGAUCUUGUCGCAAAUCCGUCCCGAUCGUCAAGUUCUCAUGUGGAGUGCCACGUGGCCCAAGGAGGUGCGUCGUUUGGCGCUUGAUUUCCUCGGCAAGGAUUACCUGCAGGUGAACAUUGGCUCCCUGGAGCUCUCGGCUAAUCACAACAUUCACCAAAUCAUCGAAUUCUGCGAGGAAUUCGAGAAGGAGGACAAACUCAAGCAAAUCCUCGAGCAGAUCAAUCAACACAACAAACCCGGAAAGGUCAUCAUUUUCGUGGAGACAAAACGCAAAGUGGAGCACAUUACGCGUGCCCUACGCUACUACGGGCUCAAUGUUUUCUGCAUUCACGGGGAUAAGUCGCAGAAUGAGCGGGACUACGUGCUGAGGGAAUUCCGCAAGGGUGAUUGCCCUAUUCUUGUGGCAACAGACGUUGCAGCACGUGGAUUGGAUGUCGAAGGAAUCAAUUUUGUCAUCAAUUUUGAUUAUCCACAAAAUUCCGAGGAUUACAUUCAUCGUAUUGGAAGGACAGGAAGGAGUCAAUCAACAGGAACGUCCUUUGCACUGUUCACAAAACAGAAUUGCAAACAGGCUAAAGAUCUUAUUGCUGUACUUCAAGAGGCUAAUCAGGAGGUGAAUCCUAAAUUGAUGGAGAUGGCCCGCAUGGGUGGCGGCGGCAAUGAUGGUCGUCGCUGGGGCCGAUCCGCUGGUGGCGGCGGUGCCCGACGUGGUGGAAUGGGAGGCUAUGGUGGUGCCAAUAAUGGAUACGGCGCAGCUGGGAGGAGGAAUGAUGCUGGACAACGUUUUGGCGGUGGUGCCCCGCGGCAGAAUGGCAUGAGUAAUGGCAACAGUGGCGGCGGCGCAUAUGGUGGACGAACCCAUACCCGAUUCAAUUGAGCACAAAGACCACCUUCCGCAUAUAGAAUCUUUCUGUCUCACCACAUCUCUCUAUAUGUACCUCUAGCUAGACUUUAACUUUUCAAAAUUUAUUUCUCUGAGAAGAUUUAUUAUUAACUAGUUUAACUUGAUAAUUUAUAUUAAUUUCUUCUUAAUUAAUUUGUUUUUUUUUAACUUUUCGUAUUUACGAAUUAAUAGGAAAUAUUAGUUGAAAUAAGAAGAAGUAAUACAGAGAGAAGAGGAAAAAAAUGUAUUUAUAGAUUUUUCCCAAAUUUAAAAAUAAGGAGAAAAAAAGAAAAUAGAAAAGAGAGUAGAUUUUUUGCAGUAGAAAUUCUAAGUGUGAGUGCGUACGGAAAAAAUGUGUGUGACUGUUUUUAUUAAUUUAAAAAAAAUAUGUAGGGCGUAGAAGAAGAAGAAAAAACAUUCCGCAUGACGGAAUAGAAUAAUUUUCAAAUUUAUUUUUCUCAUUUUAUAAUUUCUUUCACUUUAUCACUCUGAGAUAUCUUUCAUUCAUUAUAUAAAAAAAAGAAAAUAUUUUGCACUUCAGGGAAGUGGGACGAGGGUGGGGAAUGUAGCUGAUGAACAUGUAGGUAGUUUAAAUCGAAAAUAAGAAUAUUUUUCAUACAACCUCUGUGUAGCGAAAUGAAAAGAACAUAAAAAAUACUGAUUAAUUUUGUGAAGAAAGCAAAAAAACUGAAUUACAAAAUCAUUCAACUCAGAUUUAAAUAAAAAUCAUUGUCACCACCUUUUCUCUUUUAAGAUUUUUCCUAACAAACUAUGUGUAGAUGUAAUUGAGAAGAUGUAGUUUUAAUCAGUAUAUAAUUAAAUAAAAAAAAAUCACGUAAAAGAGAA